UCGGAGAGUGCUUUAUCCGGCACCGGUCAUUUUAUCACCCGCGUCUUGUCCAAUCAGGAGAGACCGCGCCCGGAAAUGUGGUCAUGGGCUACGGGAAGGCGGGCAGAGUAGGCUCGCUUCUUGUUCCAGCUUCUCCUCGUCGUCCCAACGCCCGAUCAAAAUUGUUUUUAGUCGAGUCUACCACGCCAACACAACUUUUUCUUUCGAAUUGGGACUUGCCUCACUUCCUAACAUCGCGAUCAAUCGUCUAUCGUCAGCUUCUUCUAGCAAACGCGCCCAGACGGCCUGCCGCUCGCUCGUCGCUUCAUCCUCGACAUUCAUCCAUCGAGUCGGCUCCUGGAUCCAACAACUGCCCGCGAUGGCGUCGCAACAGAUUCUCUUCGCCGAGACAAUAGCGGGCAUGAAAAAAGCAUUCAAAAGGAAAUCAUAUGAGUCCGACUCAGAUUCCGAGAUCGAAAGCUAUAGCAACCGUGGAAACAAGCUCAAGAAAAAGGCACGAUUUGCUCGACAAGGACAAUUGGUUCCCAAUAACGGCCCAAGCUCGUACAAAGAGGUUCGUUCUACGGACAAAUCCCUCCUACUCAUGUCUGACCUUGCCAUCGACGAGGAAGGAUAUGAAAUAGACAGCGACGACGAAGAUGAGGAGCGUGUUCAAGAAGCAGAGGCCUCUGCCGCAGAAUUGAACCCGUAUGCCAAUAUCCAGAUAGAGAAUAUCCUCGCACCGCUUACUGCAUCGACCGCCUUGCCGACACACCCAACCCUUUCGAAACCUUUCACAUCAAAGACCCUCACUCGGCUUGUUGAUCAAAGCUGCGACAUUGUGCGCAAAGAGAACCGUUCCCUAUGGAAAGUUAGACACCUCCUAACGUCGCUGUGUGGCGAUUACACCUGGGCUCCAUGCGAGAUGAUGGUCCGACCGGCAGAUGUCGAGCUUUACACAGAUAAUCAUAUGGCGCGCCAUCUAUUGGCCUUGUCCCAGGCAGUAUCAGCGCUCCCUGCAAUUACCAACGGGGACGUUGGGCCACAUCAAAACGACGCCACAGCAGGCGAUGUUGCUCCAGAUACAACUUUGGGUGGAGAACUCAUGGGCAAAGACACUGCAGAGGAUGCUGAUAUAACAAUGACAGACGCUGGGACGACGGCCGACCCAGACGUUUCCCAUCUGGAAGAUGCUGGUGAGGCCGAAAAGAUGGAUGUUGAAAAAAGCGCGGAUACAAAGUCAGAUAUUCCGAACGGCGAGCAAGCCCCAGUCGAACAAACAGAUUCCACAAAAGCGUCAAAAGUUGAACCAAUAAACGGGGUCAACGAGAGUUCGAAUGAGCAGAAGCAAGAUGGAAUCGGAGCUGACAGAGCCGAUUUCUCUGCAAAACAGACAGUUGGCGAUAUAUACCAACAGACCGAGCUGGUCGAGAGAAUAGCGCCAGACGCAUCUCUGGUUUCCGAAGCAGAGGACGACUUUAUUCACCCUCUGUUUCUUGCACCUGCAGGGGCAAGACCAGAUAGAGACAUUGGUUUGCCAGAUCAGGAAGCAGAAGAUAUCCGACGACUUCUUGCUUUGUAUGUGCAAAAACAGGAAGAGGUAUGCCGAGGAGCUAACAAGUUGUUUCUGGGACUUCUCAAAGCCGAGCAACUGCGCAAAGAUGUACUCCACUGGUCCAAGGCAGAAGCUCACUCGGGGCCUAACCGAGACAUGUCGGACGGCGAGGACUGGUACGACAAGGAGGAAUGGGGUCUAACGGAAGAUCUCAAGAAGGGGCAGGACGAAGAGGAGGAGGAUGUCCAAACAACAGGCAAAAAGACAAGAAACCGACGCCAAUAA